CUCAUGCCAUGUCAUGUCAUAUUGACCUGAUCUGCACACAUGUGCCACGGGGUUCGUAUGAAUAGAGCAGUCGGCCGCUGUUCUGCGAGAAUGAGACAGCGCCCCGCCAAGUGUUUCUUUUUCCCCUUCCAUCCUCAAAAAGGUCCAACAAACGGCACGGGAGAAGAGAUAGAACAAGGCAAAAACACCCAGUCCAGCCCACGCACAGGGCGUGGUCAGAGCUUCGUUCUCUUGGCCCCCCUUUCCCGUCUUCUUCUUUUCCCACGUUGUCAGACCAGCAGCAGAGGACUUGUCUCGUCUUGUUUUUGCCUGCUACCGCUACUGCUGCUGCUGCUGCUGCCGCCAACACGCCGACUCCACGCACCACAAACGCACGCCGAGGCAGCACUGCCACCAGUUGCCCGACCAACUUCCAGAUUUGUGCACCUCCCACCGCAGCACCGUCACCUGUCGAACUGCAGCACCCGUCGUUCCGUUCCGUUCCACGCCCAGCCAAGCUGCGGAAUACCGGCCUUCUGGCAGGCCAACUAUCCUCGCGUUGCUGUUGGGUUGCAGUUCGUGGGGGGGAAAGACCGGCAGAAUUGUGUUGGAGCAGUUCCUUCCUACGACACCACAUAUUACAAACCAAACCAAACAACAACUAGCCUCGUCCCUGUCGCCGCUCCCUAUCUGGCGCAAACCCAAUUUACAAUCCCCAGAGUCACAUUUGCUAUUUCGAAGCUUACCUAGGUGGGCCAGCGGCGCCUCCGUCUGUUCUUUUCAGAGCACAUUCGGGGAGUCUGUGAGUGCCCGUGAAGAGCCUGCGGGCCCCCAAGGGCUUCAAAGUGGUAAGCUCUGCUUUGGUACGGAGCACGACAACUCGACUGGUCACCUGCCUGCCCGUCCAUCACAAUCAAACCACACGGAUAUACGCCAGCCAAGCUUCAACCGCACCAGCCUGCAAACCUUAUAGGAGUCGCUCAGCCUCCGCCACUGGGGCUCCUUUCCCUCUGAACCGCCAGGCAAACGGCACACGAGCUUGGGAAGCGUCAUCACAGACCACGGCCUGAGCCUCUGGGCCAAAUUGCCAAUAACCCCAUCGCUGCCCGACAGAGGAGAAAACCCAUGGUCACUAAAAUCAACAGCCAGCCCCAGAAACCCAUCCUGACCCCAACCCCUGCCUCAGCUUCGGUAGCUUCUACUACAAAGCUGGAGCCUAGCUCCCCAGACGACCAUACGGCCCCCCUGCCGCAACCCACAUGCAUACGAGUUCCUAGACUUGUCUGCACACCCGUGAUGGAGGCUACCAAGGCCCUGGCCCAGAGACUCAGUCUACGGCGGCGAGGUUCACGAUGGAGAGACAGGAGAUGGAGCGCCACCAAGUCGACAGCCGGAGACUCCCCUGCUCCUGCGCCUGCGCCUGGGGCUGGUGACUCACCUGUAAAGAAAGCAACGGCGCCCGCACCGGCACCUGCGCCCCCGACGACAACCAAGACUGCAUCUGUAGAUGUGACGGCGGCCGAAUCCGAAAAGGUGGCAGAUUCGAGCCCGCCGCAACCUGACGAGACCAUCCCCAGCCCAGGCUCGGGCAUAUCGCCCACCACCAUCGUCGCGCAGACGCAGACGCAGACGCAGACGCAGACGCAGCCCCAGUCGCCGAAGCACACGGGCCACAGCGAGGGCAUGAGGAAAAGCCAGGAUGAGCGCAUCACUGAUUCCGUCACCGAGAUCGAGUACUUCCCGCAUGUGGACACGCCGGGCACACACGUCGAGGACAGCCCCGAGGUAGACACCCAGGCCAGCAAGAUCACGUUCGCCAUACCGACCAAGGGCUCCAAGGAGGACGAGAGCAGCCAGGACGCAAGUCGCCAAUCCGACGAGAUUCACACGGCCACCUCGAGCGCCUCUCCGUCGACCGCCGUCAGCCCCAGGGAGUCACAGGACGACUACGACGAGGAUGCCGGGCGAUCGAGCACGCUGAGUGGCAUCAGUGGGAACGGGUCACGGCAGUCGAGCAUCAACUCUGUGGCGUUUCAGCUGCCCAAAAUGUCCCUGCCGCAAGGUCGCACGAGACGGCCAAAGAACUCUCCGCCGCCACUAUCAAGGUUUCGAAAGCACGUAACUUUCAACAAUGUGCAGAUUGGCGAGCCCACGAAGAACAACUUCCCCUCGUAUACUCUGGUCGUGCGCCAUCUAGGUUUCUACUCGAAGCGACGCUCGCGGACCUUCAUGGUCGGUAUCGACGACCAUCAAUACUCCGACGAGGCUCUGCAGUGGCUGUUCGACAAGUUUGUCGAAGAUGGCGACGAGAUAAUCUGUGUGCGCGUUGUUGAGAAAGAUGUCCGCCAGCUCGAGACCGACAGGAGGAUAGCCGAUUUCCAGGCAGAGGCCAAUGCCGAGGUUGAGAGGAUCAAAGCCAAGAGCGGCGACGGCAAGGCCAUUAGUAUCGUCCUCGAGUACGCUGUGGGUAAGCUCCACUCGACGUUUCAACGCUUGAUACAACUACACCAGCCCAGCAUGUUGAUCGUCGGCACAAGAGGAAGAACCCUCGGGGGUUUCCAAGGGCUCAUGGCCACGCGAAAUUCGUUCUCCAAGUACUGUCUGCAGUACUGUCCAGUACCAGUCGUGGUUGUCAGGCCCGACGAGAAAAGACAGAAAAAGAAGGGCAAGCGUGAUGCGGAUCCAGAGAAACAGAGCUACCGGCAGAUGCUGCAGUCGAACCAUGGGAUCCACGAGGCAGACAGCGACGCUGCUGAUGAGUGGGGGAUCGAGUCCAAACUGACUGCCGAUGAGGAGGCCGGAAAGGUGGCGAGGGCGAUGGGCCUGCCAGCCAAGUUUGAUCCGACCUUGAAACCAUUCAGGAAGGCGGAGCGGCAGCGCAGCUCCCUCAGUCAGAUCAGCCAGGCCACAAGCACGGAGGAGCCCGGACGGCUCAUCUCUACGCCGACGAUAACACCCUCUGCCAGCGCGGCAAACAGCGAGGACGAAGGCAGUGGCGAAGAGGACGAGGAGGGCGAGGGUGAGUUCGAGGUCACUAGCGGCGCACAGCUCCUCAAGGCCCAGAGGAAGGAGCUUGAGGAGAAACAGAAGGAACAGGAGAAGAAGGACCGGCUGCACAAGAUGGAGGUUGGAGAGGCGGCAGCGUUGUUGAAGCAUAAACCCAGCGAGGAGGAGGACGACGAGGACGACGAGGAUGACGACGAGGACGACGAGGACGGUGGAGGCGCCAUAAGGGCGACGUCACCGGAGUGAGCCUCGCCAUUCUGAUGUCUCUUCGUUGCUCGAUCCGUGGGCAACAUUUCCAUCAUUCCUUUUUUUUUUUUUUUUUGACCCUCCUCGCACCACAUCAUCGCGAGAGCAUUUUUGGUUUGAUUCCCCAUGAGCAAGGAGUUGAGGGUUACUGAGCACCUAGAGCGGACACUUCAAAAGGGCAAGUCAUGUCACUGGGCGAGAAACGUUGGGGGUUUCCGGAACGCCGCUCGUGUAAAUGGUCACAUCUCAGGUGUUCCACAGUCACCGCCGGGUCAUGGUAGUAGCAUUUCUUUUCUCCGCGGGCGGCUGUUGAGUUGUUACCAACAAAGUCCAAUCAAUCAAUCAGUCAAUGAAAGAAACAAAUCAAAACACCAAAUCGAGUAGCACCGAAUCAAUCUAUCCAUGGUUCCAG